GAGAGCUGGCGGAGGAAAAAGCAGCAGCGGCGGCGGCGGCGGCGGUGGUUCACCCUCUGAAACAAACAGGAAGCAAGACCGCGCUCCCUUCCACCUGCGAGGUCUGUCCUGUCCGCACAGAGAGCCCUGCCGUGGGUCGACUGCCCCACGGACUUUUCGUGUGCGAGAAAUUACUCUGGCCCGAGGACCCACCAGCGGUAUUGACUUUCAGCUGUUUGUUCGCCCGGUACAUUCUCCAACGAUCUAACACCAGAGAGUGACUAAAGAUGCAGUGUCCUAGAAGCUAUCCAGACACCCCCAGUGAGGAGCGGAGGCACAGGAAAUAAGAGACUUUAGGAAACAGUAGGUCCUUAUGGUUGAGGUGGUGUGUGGUGCCCCUUGCCAUGCCUCCUGCCAUGACAGACCUCCUGGACAUAUGGGCAGCCCACUCGCCCCUGGCCGGACACGCUCCGGACCAGAUCACUGUGGACUUUCUGCUGCCCACCGGUAUCUACAUCCAGAUGGAUGUUCCGCGCGAGGCCACCAUUCAGCACAUCAAACUGCUCUUAUGGAAGCAGGCUCAAACGUUGCCACUGUUUCCCGCCCUGGGCGAGAUGGAGAGCCACAUGUUCGAGUGUGUCAACCAGGCUGCCGUGCACGAAGAACUGGAGGACGAAACUCGUCGGCUAUGCGACGUUCGCCCUUUCCUGCCAGUCCUCAAGCUGGUGACGCGCAACUGUGGCCGAGCAGAGCGUCUGCUGGACUCCAAAAUCGGCGUGCUCAUUGGCAAGGGUCUCCAUGAACUCGAUGCCAUCAAUGACCAGGAGGUGAAGGACUUUCGCAGUAAGAUGUUUCGUAUGAGUGAAGAAAGGAUGCAGCAAGUCCAGAUGAUGACAUGUACGGAGUGGCUGCAGGCCUGCUUCUCCCCACAGCUGGAGCCCGCGGCUGGGACAGCCAUCACCGAUGGAGUCACUGACCGGUUGGCUGACCUGAAAGUCAUUAUCCACUUUGAUCAGUCUCAGGACUCAGCCAGUCUAAAGGUGCCAUCAUCCUGCACCCCAGCAGAGCUGAUGGAGCUGGCCGUGAGGAAGUGGCUGACCACCCAUGGACCCGAGGAGGAGGCGUGGAGGGGUCAAUACAUACUGAGGCUCAGCCAGUGUCUGGAGUUCCUCUGUGGAGACCACCCCCUCAUUCAGUACAAGUAUAUCCGCACAUGCAUGCAAGCCAAGGAGUCUCCACACCUCACCCUGGUCCACACCAGCACCGUCAAAGCCCUGUUUGACAAGGAAAUCUCUACCAUUGGAGCUGUGGUUAGCCGCAAGUCCUCCAACCCACCUUUACCACUACCUCCCAAGCGAAGGGUCCCCACGCAAGUACAGACGUGUGUGUGGGACGUGUCUAGCCCGUUUAAGAUAGUCCUAGUGAAUGCCAGCAAGGUGAAUGCAGAGGAGACUGCCAAGGUCCAGGUGAGGGCGGGGCUCUUCCACGGCACAGAGCUGUUGUGCAAGCCGGCGGUGAGCAAUGAGAGCAGUGGACGUUCGGACCACACGUGGAAAGAAAGCACGCUGGAGUUUGACAUGUCCGUGUCUGACCUGCCACGCAUGACCCGCCUCUGCUUCGCCAUCUACGCCGUCAUGGAUAAGGUCAAGAAGCAGAAGUCCACCAAAAAUCCUCACAUCAACAAGUACCAGACCAUCCGCAAAGCAGGGAAAGUGCACUACCCUAUAGCUUGGGUCAAUACCAUGGUGUUUGACUACAAAGGCCAACUGAAGACCGGAGAUAUUAACCUGCACUGCUGGUCUUCCUUUCCUGAUGAACUUGAAGAGAUGCUGAACCCCAUAGGAACCAUUCAGACCAACCCAUACACUGAGAACGCUACAGCACUGUACAUCCACUUCCCAGAAUACUCGUCACACCCUAUUAUCUUCCCUCUGUUCGACAAGAUACUGGAAAAAGCUGCAGAGAUCGCCGGAGCAAGUGACUGUGCACCCAUGGGUCGUGGGGGUAAGAAGUUCCACAUAGAGCUGAAGGAGAUCAUGGAGCGUGACCCGCUCUCUCAGCUGUGUGAGAACGAGAAGGAUUUAAUCUGGACACUACGCUAUGACUGUCGAGAGAAUUUCCCUCAGUCAUUGCCCAAGCUGCUACUCUCCGUCAAGUGGAGCAAACAUGAGGACAUGGCCCAGCUGCAGGCACUGCUUCAGAUCUGGCCCAAGCUGAGUCCCAGAGAUGCUCUGGAGCUUCUGGACUUCAACUACCCUGACCAGUAUGUCAGAGAAUAUGCUGUGCGCUGUCUGCGUGAUAUGAGUGAUGAGGAGCUGUCGCAGUACCUGCUACAGUUGGUGCAGGUGUUGCGUUAUGAGCCUUACUAUGACUGCGCCCUCACCCACUUCCUGCUUGAGCGUGCCCAGGGGAACCGCAAGAUAGGACACUUCCUCUUCUGGCACCUACGGUCAGAAAUCCACAUGCCAGCUGUUUCAGUCCAGUUUGCCCUCAUCCUGGAAGCCUACUGCAGAGGCAGCAUCCCUCAUAUUGAGGUUCUAAAGAAACAGGUGGAAGCCCUGAGUAAGCUAAAGUCAGUCAAUGAGCUAAUUAAGCUGGGAACCACCAAAAAUGCUCGGAGUAAGACCAAGGAGGCAAUGUUGACCAAGGAGGCCAUGAUGACUUGUCUAAGGCAGAGUGGCUACUCGGAGACUCUGUCAGACCUGUACUCCCCUCUAAACCCCAAUGUCCUGCUAUCUGGCAUCAAUGUGGAGAGGUGUCGGUACAUGGACUCUAAGAUGAAGCCACUCUGGAUUGUUUACAACAAUAAGCUGAUGGGGGGGGACACCCUGGGAAUCAUCUUCAAGAAUGGAGACGACCUAAGGCAAGACAUGUUGACCCUCCAGAUUUUGAGGUUGAUGGAUUUACUAUGGAAGGAGGCAAAUCUGGACCUCAGAAUCGUACCGUAUGGUUGCCUAGCGACAGGUGACCGGGCAGGGCUGAUCGAGGUCGUCUCAUCGGCAGACACGAUUGCCAACAUCCAGCUGACCAGCAGCAACGUGGCAGCAGCUGCCGCCUUCAACAAGGACGCUUUGCUCAACUGGCUCAAAGAGAGAAACUCUGGUGAUGCUCUUGAUCGGGCCAUCGAGGAGUUCACUCUGUCAUGUGCAGGCUACUGUGUAGCCACCUACGUCCUGGGUAUUGGCGACCGCCACAGUGACAACAUCAUGGUCCGCAGCACUGGACAGCUCUUCCACAUAGACUUCGGCCACAUCCUGGGCAACUUCAAGUCCAAGUUUGGCAUCAAGAGGGAGCGUGUACCAUUUAUCCUCACACACGACUUCAUCCACGUCAUACAGCAGGGCAAGACGGGAUACACAGAAAAAUUUGGCAGUUUCCGUCAGUACUGUGAGGAGGCAUAUCUAAUCUUGAGGAAGAACGGGAACCUCUUCAUCACACUGUUUGCCCUCAUGCUGACUGCUGGACUGCCUGAGCUCACGUCAGUCAAAGACAUCCAGUACUUAAAGGAUUCUCUGGCUCUGGGUAAAACAGACGAAGAGGCACUGAAGCAGUUCCGGCAGAAGUUUGAUGAAGCCCUGAGAGAGAGCUGGACAACCAAAGUCAACUGGAUGGCCCACAAUGUGGCCAAAGACAACCGCUCCUAGAGCAGCUACAGCCCCUGAAAGGUCAGGGGCCAAGAGGACACGAUGAAGAAGUGUGGGAGUGUGGGGCAGAGGAAGUGUGACAAGGGAGACAGGGUCACAUCCACCUUUAUUUAAAGAAGGGAAUCUAGCAGAAUAUCCCAAACAUGAGUAGAUUCGCCCCCAUAUACUGUAUAUACAGAAUAAACCUACUCUCCGAGACAGUUCAGUUACCCUGCACCCUUACUCACUGUAUCCCUCCUCACCUUGCAUCACUCUGGAAUGGUGCCUCCUGAAAAUCCAAAUUAUUGGUCUUGUGACAUUUCCGUGGAAUCAUGGUGGGUAACGUCGUUGCAAGUUUUGCACAGGCACAACAGCUGAUGGAGCACACAGCCAAAGGAAGGGAACAGAAGCACCCAUUCUGCCCACACUAAAGAUGAACCUGUCCCUACGGAGUGGGCAUGUUUCGGAGUGGUUGAAUUUUGUCAGAUGGACUUGAAACUCUGCUUGCAUGGACUCUGAAUAGGCACAUGAUUUGACAAGGCCCCCUGAACUGUUUUAAGUACAGUGGAGAUAACAGAUGUUUGCGGAGAGGGCAGAACGGCAAGGAAAAAAUAACCCCCAUGUCUUAAAACAAUGUGCACAAAGCCCACAGGACAUGCAUUUUAAUGGUCUCACUGCCUCAAAGUGUGCCUCAAACUGCGGGAAGAUUGUAUUCUUUUUUUAAUGAGUUUUUCUUUUUCUUUUGCCAUUUAAGAAUUUAUCACGAGACUUCUAUGUGCCAGACUACUUCACUAGUCCACAAAAAAAACUUGUGUGAGGGAAAUAAUGAAAAAAGAGAAGGAUCAAUUAGACAAAAAGACGCCCUGAGCCUUUUGGUCCACUGUUUGAAUCUCAGUUCAUUUGGACCAUUGAACACUGGAAUGUUUUUAGAAAGAUAUAUAUGAGAAAUUUCCAAUAGUCUUUUAAUGAACUAAAUAUUUUAUUUUUAGUUUCUUUUAUUUUGAAAUGACAAUGUGCAUUGUUUCUUUCAAAUUUUUCAAAUCAAAAGCAUUAUUGGACAAACGUGAUCACCUGUGAGUUAUCUCUACCCCACUUGUCUUAAAGUCUAAAAGGAUAUCAGCCUUUUAAAGCGCCACCACACUCAUGCUAUCAACCAUGACCAAUAAACUCAUUGAGAAAUAACCGAUGCUUUUAACAUGUUAGGACCAAAACAAAAAGCAAAUGUUUAGCAACUGUAUUGUUUAUACUGUGUUUUUAAUGAUCUGCUUCUGAAUUGAAUGUGCAAAUAUGUGCCGCUCUCUUUUUAAGUGUAUUUGUUUUUAUACAAGCAGGUGUGGGCGGAGUCUGUGGGUGGGGUUUCUCAGUAGGGACAUUACACUGCAAUGCAAAGCCACCUCCCCGUUUUGACGUACGGUGCUCCUCCACUAUCUGCGUCUGUGUUUGAUUUUUGUGCAAUAUCCGAGUAUAUGAACCAUAUCUUAUUAUAUUAAACCUUGGGCAAAGGCCUAAGCCUAUAACGGUUUUGUCUGUCGGUUUCCGUGUGAUGCAGCUGUGUUUCGCACUACUAGCCUUCAAAUGUCUCAGACACUGGAUAUUGUCAAAUGUACAGGCUUUUAUUGUUUUGCUGGAUUUUGUUUUCAUAGGAGUUUUAUUAAAGUUAUUUUCCACCGCGCUGCGUUUCCACCUGUGGUCCGUUUACUGCUGGACAUGUGGGUUGUGUGACCAUGUGCCCACUCAGGGCAGCACCAUGGAUUUUGUCUCUGAUUUGACAGCUGUCAUGAAUAUUUAUUGAUUCCAGACCAGAAAUAUUUUCAGACCUAUUUUUGUCUGCUUUAUGCACAAGAGAGAAUAAGUGAAGAAAGUGGUUUCUUCGCCAAAUUGGGGGUAGUCAUACCUGUCCAUAUGCUCCUCUUGUCAUGUAAACUGGCUGAGUGCUAUAAAGUUUUCCUCCUCUUUUUUUCUGUGAAGCUGAAUUAUAUUAAAGCUU